AUGGCGCACCUUGGAUCUGAUGACGGCUCUGUUGGUAGUUCUGAACGGACCGUUUCCGAGGCCGCGCUUCUUCUUCCGUUCUUGGAUGGCCAAGGGUUGUUGGGUUUUGUCGAUGGUACUUCGGUAUGUCCGCCGAUCACCGCGCUUGCCGUGCCGCCUUCCGAGGGAGCUGUUCCUGCCGUGCCUUCGUCGGCUUCAUCUUCCGCUGCUCGGAGUGCAUGGCUCCGUCAAGAUAAGGUCGUGCUCUCCUUAUUAAUCUCAUCCUUGUCCGACGAGAUGAUGCACCUCGCAAUCGGUAAGUCCACUUCUCGGCAUUUGUGGUUGGCAAUCGAACAGGUUCUUGGUUCGACUACACGGGCUCGUGCCCUCCGGUUGGUGGGCGAGUUGCAAGGAUUACGGCAGGGGGAUGCUUCGAUCCCGGACUAUAUUGGCCGUGCGCAGGUGCUUAUCGAGGAUUUAGCGCUUGCCGACCGUCCGGUGACGCUAGAGGAUCAGAAUAUGUAUAUAUUCCGAGGCUUGCGGUCCGAAUAUCGUCCUUUGGUGGCGUCGCUCACAAGGGGUGCUCCGGUGUCUCUGCCCGAGCUAUCCGAUUUUCUUGUUUCGCAGGCUUUUAUAUGUGCCGAUGAUGCUGGUGAUGUUGCUGCUGCUCCGGUCGCCAUGGCCGCUCAGCGAGGUGGAGGCCGUUCGGGCGGGUAA